AUGAUCUCGUCCUACGGUGGCGGAAAACGAGCGGAAGGUAAGUAAGUUACUGUAGUUGUUCGUCUAUGAUAAUAUAAAUGGAAGUUUCGAAAACUCGAGAAUAUUGUUGUAGCUCUUCGACGCAUGAGCUCGGCGUCGUCGCUGAAGCCCUCGGUCAGAGACUUUCUACACAACCAUAACGUCAGGUAAAUUUGUGAGCCAAAGGAAUAAAUACUUUUUUGUUACUUGUUGCGUAGGAACGAUGAGAAUAACCUAGAUUCACUCAGUUCUUUUUCUUCUUGCCCUACCCGGUAAAUUAGGGGCCAAUUGGCAGCCGAAGAAAGGUGUGUUGAAGGAUUUUUGUCCUAGACAAUCCGCUCGGCCGCGACAAUAAUCUCUUCCCCCGGAGGCCAUGACUUUACGGGCCCUUCCUCAACUCUGGUUUAUUUUGCCGUAAAGACAUUAUAAAUUAAGUUAUUCUUACCUAACAUUCCUACACUUCCCACAGUCCGAUCCGCCCCUAUUGUAAACAAACAUGAACACCGCCGUCCUGCAGGGCAGUAUCAUGGCUACAACCCAUGGCAUACAUCGGUUGAACCGCCACAAACACCACCGCGGCCUUGUUCCCUCCACCGAGCGUCUCGGUUCAUACUUGGCCAAGUAGGAGCUCCCACCCUCCCAGUACGAGCAAUUACCUUUUCGCUUUCAGAGCCGAUCGACUACCCCACCUCAGUCGGAAUGCUCACGAGGAGAACACCGAGCUCCGGAGUUUGUUGCCGUUCUCAUCGUUCGAGUAUAUUCCUCACGCUGAUGAAACUCCACGGAAGGUAUCUUACUCUACAUUUCGAAGUUCAAACAUUAACAUUUUCAUUUCUUGGAUAUUUUACGUUUUAGUGGACAGAAGGUUUCCAGAGCUGGCUGUUAUUUAAAUCUUUUUUCGAGACUUUUCUGACCAAAUUAGUAUUCAGCUUUUGUCUCAGCUUUGUGUUUCAGGCGGUUGUUGUGGACCGAUUGGGCACUGAUGACAAAUUCUUACGUAUUAACAUAGGGGGGAGCCAGUUCACUUUUUUGGUUUCCACGUUGUUGGUUCGAAACAUAGGUCUUCUCAGCUCGUUUGCCAAGCAGACUCACGAACAACGCCUUCUCGUUGCUGAUGCCUAUUUCUCGGAUACUCGAGAGUACUACUUCGAGCGAUCUCCGACCCUCUUUCACAUCAUAUAUCAAUUUUACACUACAGGUAAGUUGUUAAGCCUGUUUAUUAAUGUCAUUGAACUAUUCAUGUAGUGAUCACCUUUGAGUAUCACUUUCAAAUUGACUCUUUAUUUAGGAAAAAUUCACCAAGCACCUCACAUUUGCCCUCAGGACCUACUCGACGAAUUUAGAUUCUGGAAACUGGACCCAGAGAAGCUGAUCAACUUGUGCUCAUGUAUGGAAGACGACCUUAGCGACGAUGAGAAUGGCUCGGAAGACAGUGAUAGUGUGGAAGACCGACCCAGUGAAUUCAAACACCUUAGGCUAGGAUCUCUGAGAGAAGACAUCUGGAACAUCAUCGAAGAACCCAACAGGUAAUAUACCAUCUAGAUAAGUGAGCAAGUCUCCUUUCAGCUCUAUCUACGCCCAAGCAUUCACUUUCCUGUCAGUUCUAUUCGUUCUGAUUUCGAUCGGGGGAUUAGUACUGGGAUCAAUACCGGACUUACAAGUUGAAGUACCAAGGAAGAACAGAACCGGUAGUGCAGGUAAGACAACGGACCUAAGACAAGUCGGUGUUAUAGGGACAGACAAAGUAGUGGAAAUGGAGCCACAUCCUCUAUUGGUACAGUUGGAGUACGUGUGCAUAGUGUGGUUCUUGUUCGAGUACGUAACGAAGAUGUUGGUAUCCGCUGACAGGUGCAAGACGUUCUGUCAACUACUGAACAUCAUCGACUUGUUUGCCAUAUUACCCUUCAUGGCUGAUAUGGCUUUGUUUUUUGUUGGAAUUGAUACUGAACAACUACGCGACCUCAAGGUAAGUAUGAUCCUAAGAUUGUGAGUACUGUAUUUUAAAUCCUAAAUCUAUAUAACACUUUCGAUAAAAAUAUUAUACUUUCAGGGUGCGCUACUGGUAAUCAGGAUUCUACGAGUAUUAAGGGUGAUUCGAGUUCUCAAACUUGGACGAUACAGUAGUGGCCUUCAGAUGUUUGGAAAGACGUUACAGGUAAGUCAGAAGAAGUUGUCUUGACAUCCAUACUUUAGGCCAGCUUUAGGCAAUUGGGGAUGAUGGCGAUGGUGGUAAUGACCGGCGUCAUCUUCUUCAGCACGCUAGUCUACUUUUUGGAGAAGGACGAGCCCGACUCACAAUUCAUCUCGAUUCCGGCCGCUUGUUGGUUCAGUAUCGUAACGAUGACUACGGUCGGCUAUGGGGACCUGACUCCCGUAACGGUGGGUACGUUAUUAACUAUGAGAUAAUUUUUUGUUUCCUUAAUCCCGUGAUAAUUACUUGUUUUCAGGGGGCAAACUAGUGGCGACCGGGGCUAUUGCCUGCGGUGUUUUGGUAAGUCGAGAGUGUUCCCUUCAUUGUGACAUUAUUUUCAGGUGCUAGCCUUGCCGAUUACAAUUAUUGUAAGUCUUUUGAUACGGAUUAGUCACUUUAGUAUCUUAUUUGUUUACUGUAAUCAUAUUUUGAGUACUGUACUGACAUUUUAGGCCCAAGUUGCAUUUACUAUAAAAAGGAGAAGAGUAAGGCAAUCCGAUUGGCUUUGCUUCUUUUUUUCAUUUUUAGUUGGGCUCAAUCACAAUAUAUUUUUAACGGAUUUGUAAUCAUAUUGUUGUAGGUUGAUAACUUCAUGAAAGUAGCCGAAUCCGAAAGAAGGCCCGGCUUCUCAGAAAACAAGCGCGUCAAAAGACUUGGACCCCGAGGAAGAGUUACUAUGUAGGUGAAACAUCUCACAUACACGUAUCACAUUACUCUUUUCAGACCCGACUCUCCUGAAGUUGUGAGCCCGGAAAGAAAAACCCCAACCCUCAAGCAAUUAGCGAGCAGGAAAGAGGAGGAGAACGUUGAGUAA